AAUUUCCCUCCACCUUGAAUGAAUUUGAAGCACCUCACUUAAUUCUCGUGAUCGAUUUAUUUGCUCACUCACCAAACGCUCUUCAAUUUCUCUGCCCGCCAUUAAUGGAAACUCGAAAUCAGAUUUCCAAUUACUUAAUUCAGCAAUGCGAUUCAAAUUCUGUAUAUAAUAAGUAGCCUACCGUAGCAGACUUCUUCGUAUUGUUGUUCCACAAUGAGCUGCGACGGUGCUGCGGCGGCGAAGGAUCGGAGGCCGCGGCGGAGGACAGAGAUCUGCCGGAGCUUCACUUGUAUGUCGCCAUCGUUUAUCUUCCGGCGUUGGUUCAAUGGCGGGAAAUCUAGGUUUUCGAGAACAGAAUUUGCAGAGAGAAAUUGGGGGAAAGGGGAAAUCGAUGCGGAUCUGGAUGUACAGAGUGAAUUAGGAAUGGUAUCUCCUUCCUCGGAAGAUUUUUCAGAAAUUGGGAAAGAGGCUCCGGUCAAUGUUGGAAUUGGGUAUGGUAUGAUUUAUCUUGUUAGAACUGAGCUCAACAAGAUGGCUGAGUUGAGGAAAAGAGUUGAAUCACUUCUGCAGCAUCUCCAAACAGAGAUCGAAAAUCAAGACGACGAACACCUUUACAUGCCCUCGGCAUCCACCAGAGCUCAUGUCGAAGAAAUCAUGUAUGAUGAGCAGCAUGAAUCGAUUCAAUGCUCAUCCCCAAAUGAUGUCAAUCAGCCUGAAAUUGAUCAAUUUAGGCUGGAGGGUAGUUCGAGAAUGGAUCAACUUGAGGCAGAACUCGAAGCUGAAAUCGGUCGCCUACAUCUCGAAGAGGAUGGAGAAGUGUUUCAUCCAGAGGUAAAUGUGGAGCAAAAUGCAGCUGAAUUGAGCCUAAAUGCGUGCUGCGAAGAACACGAAUAUGGCACGGAUGAGUUCCACGGGGUAUCUCCGAGAGAGCUUGAGAGAAAGUUGUACCAAGUGAUGGAGGUGAGGCAGCAAGAGAGGAUAAAAGAGCUUGAAGCAGCUUUAGAAUACGCGGUGCGGGAGCUAGAGGAGAAGGAAAGAGAGGUUUCGCUGUGGAGAGACGCGGGCCGCCUCGUUGCCCAGCACCUCCCCGCCAUCUCCACCGUGUUGGCUCAACUGUGAAACUAAUGAUGGAACCAGAAUUUGAAGUUAUUGAAAGGGGAUGUAGUCUGGUUAUGAACUCUGUAUAGAAAUGCAAUGCCCAUGAAAAUGUGGGGGCAUUAUUGUUAGUUUCCUGGAAGUUUUGGGUUUGUUUGCUAAAUAUUUUUCAGGAAUAUAGGGUGCCAAUGAGAAUAACAGCAAAUCACACCUCCAGUUCCAUA